AUGAUACUCUUCCCAAUUUUUCAACUCAUUUUUUUUGUUUGUGCCGAAAUUAGCCAAAAUACAUUGGAUAAAGCGUUGAAUGGUGGAGCUGGUGAGGAUAUUGCGCCAGUGAGUAGUCCGGAAGAUGCGGAAAUUGAAAAGACCUUCAACCGAACAAAUGUGCCUCGCCUUCGAGCAGCACUCGCUUCGCUGCGAACGAAAUGGAAUGCGAGACUCCAGCAGAUGCCAUCUAGGUAUUCUGUUGAUUCCGUUGGUUCGACAGUUUCCCCACAGCAAUCGAUUCGCUUCAAACCGAGAGAUCGAAUCAAGUCCGAGGGGGAUACAUUACCUCAGGUCAACAAAAAUGCAGGAUUAAAUGACAUUCUUUAUCAAGGAGAUAUGGUCCUUACGGAAGAACAAAUCAAGACAAUCCUCGAGGAAAAUUCAGAGUCAAGAGUUAAAAGACAAGCCUAUCGGGAUCGAUAUUAUCCAUCGACAACUUGGGGCUCAUCCGUCUAUUAUUACUAUGAUAGAUCAGCAACUAACAAAAUGAUAACCGCAUUUGAAGCUGCUGUGGCAUUUUGGCAGAACAACACGUGUAUUAAUAUGUAUCAGAGCAGUACAGCACUCAAUCGCAUAAGAGUUUUCAAGGGGUCCGGUUGUUAUUCUUAUGUUGGACGAAUUACUGGAGUCCAAGACUUAUCGCUAGGACAGGGAUGCGAUGAAUUUGGUACUGCUGCUCAUGAACUUGGUCAUGCGUUGGGAUUCUUCCACACACAAUCCAGAUUUGAUAGAGACAACUACAUAUCAAUCAAUUAUGCCAAUAUAAAGGCAUCGUAUAUGGAUCAGUUCGACAAAGAAUCGUCGGCUACAAACUACAAUUAUGGAAUGCCGUAUGAUUAUGGAUCAAUUAUGCAAUAUGGAGCUUCGAGCGCUUCUUCCAAUGAUCAGCCCACCAUGAUAGCGAGAGACCCUGAAUAUCAAGAUACCAUGGGUUCUGACUUUGUCUCCUUUUAUGAUAUCUCUAUGAUGAAUGAACAUUAUAAAUGUAAAGAGCUUUGUUCAAGCUAUAGUUCCGCCAGUUGCGCAAACGGUGGUUUUCCAAAUCCGCGAAAUUGUCAAGUUUGCAUUUGUCCAUCAGGAUACGGUGGCGCUUUAUGUGAUCAGAGACCUACAGGCUGCGGACAGUUGCUGACAGCCCAAUCGACUUGGCAAAGUUUCAGCGAGGAUGUUGGCAAUGGAAUUCCAAAGCUUCGCGAUGAGCACACUCUUUGCCACUAUUGGAUUCAGGCGCCUGCUAAUCAGUCCAUUGAGAUUCGGAUAGGAUCACUGGAAGCAAUAACCAUCGAUGGAUGCAUAUUUGGAGGGAUUGAGUUAAAUACUCAGAAGGACCAAAAGCUUACUGGCUACCGAUAUUGUUCAAGUCAAGACCAAAAUACCAUACAUCGAUCCUUUGGGAAUCUUGUUCCUAUUGUGAUUUAUAGUAGGUACGGUAGCACAAAAACCAGCCUGGAUUAUAGAUACGUAUCUCAAAGCACCGAACAGCCUAUCGUAACCAUGCCACCUUUGGUGAACUCGUGCCAAGACCUACAUCCAAACUGUGCUGCCUAUGCAUGGAACGGCUUUUGCGUCGACCCAUUCUACUCGCUGGCAGCUAGACGCUAUUAUUGCGCUCGAACCUUAUUUUUUGAGGUUUACAACAUGACACCAUAUUAUAAUGAUCAUCCUGGUGGUUUGGCAAUCUUACGAUAUGCGGGAAAGGAUGCCACCCUUGCGUUGCCUCAAGUUCCAUCACAUUGCAUUGCCUGGAACUUAAUUGAAAAAAAACUUGCUGAGUAUUGUAUUGGUCCAUCCUGUAUGCUUCUUAGUAGUCAAGAGGUGCCUCCACUUCUCCAGCGGAAGCACGUCGUUUCGGGUUAUCGACCGCUGAAUCAGUCAAAGUUAUUCUAUUUGAAAUCCGCGUUCACUUGUCAUAAUGAAGUGUUUAACGUAUGGACCCAUCUGUUGCCAGCAAUCAUCCUAUUGUUCACCUAUCUUAUUCCGGAGUUGAAUACGGCUCAUCCACGGGUGCCCGUUAUUAUUCUCCAAUCGGGAAUAUUCAUUCUUUUAAUAGCUUCAUCAACAGCUCACUUGAUGCAUUCCCGUUCCCGUUUGGACCACAUCUUUUGGUUUUUGAUUGAUUUUUCUGGCAUCGCCCUAUUUGGAAUUGCCAUCGGGCUACAACGCUACAGUUGCUGCGAUGAUCUCGGUGUGGUGAUGGCGAUUACGUACAUUCCGUUGCUGCUUCUAUGUGUUCUUGGCGGUCAAUAUUUCUCAACAUGUUACCUUUUCGUAUUCCAACCCAACUACAAAAGACGUUUGGAGCUCCGGAUGGGGUCUUGCUUCUUGUUGGCAUGCUGGCUAUACAUACCAUUACACCACCGAUACCAGUCGGAUUCUUUCAAAUCCGAUAAAGCUUUGCCGCUGCAUUCAAGGGCUUUUCAAUGGCUCUUAAUCUCUGGAAUAUUUAUGGGAGCCCACAUUCCGGAAAGAUUUGCUCCGGGAGUCUUCGAUAUUAUUGGCUACGGCCAUCAGCUCUUUCAUUUAUGCAUCGACAUGGUUGCUUGGAAUCUGUUGGAAGCCGCCGACAGAGAUUGCAGCAUUGAAGAAGGAUAUCCAGGCCUUGCAAGAAACAUUUUUGUCACAAUUUCAUUCAUUUUCUCAAUAUUUGUUAUUAUAUUGAACGUGACGACAAUGAUGAAGAAGGCGUCAGUGAAGAAAUAUGAAUAA